AUGGAACAAAAAAAAGAAUUGAAAUUACUAAAAUCACUGUAUCGUCGUGAAGGUAGAUUGACUCGUAUACAUCCAUUACAAGAUGAUAUAAUGAAUGAUGAUAUCCGGUCGAUGCAGAUACCCGUCGAGAGUGCUGCAGUUGACCAAUGUAUCCAUAAAAUACCAAAUAAUACGAGGGCUACUGAUCGUUUCGGUGAUAACACGAGAACUGAACCGAGAUAA